AUGGAUGCAACCAAAACACUGCCGGCGUCGUGGUAUAUUUCACAAAAUCUUUACUCGCUUGAACAACGAGCCAUCUUUUAUAAAGCUUGGUACUUCGUUGGAGCUGUCCCUCGGUUUGCAGUGGAACGGGAAGUUGAGUACGAAUUCGCGGGCGUCCCCAUCAUUGUCCGACAUGAUGGGAACGAGAACUUUGAGGUGAAGAGGAAGUCCGAUGGGGUCUCACUGAGCCAUCACUUGACUCCGACGGGUUGCUUGUUUACCACCAUCGACCGAUCUGCGCCGCCAUUCGAGCAAUGGUUCCCACCAUCUCUGCUCGAACUCCUAUCACGAUACAACUUCCGCCGCCUACCUCACCGCCGCUCCAUCAAAUACCCCGGUCGCUUCAACUGGAAGACCAUGGUUGACGGGUACCAAGAAUGCUUGCAUUGCCAAUACACGCACCGCAGCUUCAGUGUCAAAUAUCCGCCUACCUUCUACGAAGUACACAACCACGACACAUAUAGCCGGCACAUUGCCGACCCGCAAAAGCCCAACGACGGUCUUUUCCUAUUCUUCUUUCCCGUAUGUACUCUCAAUCUAUACGGUGGCGGUAUGAGCAGUUUCCGUGUUUGCCCGAGUGAAAAGGUUGGCGAAACUCGCAUGGAGUUUGAUUAUUACUUCGACGAUGGGAAAGGCGGGAUGGAAGGGUUCGAAGACUACUUCAAGUUUGUGAGGAAGGUGGCGCUGGAGGACUUUGAGUUGUGUGAGGUUGCCCAGAGUAAUUUGGAGAGAGGAGUGUAUUCGCAAGGGGUGUUGAAUCAGGCCAAGGAGAGUGGUGUCUUGCAUUACCAACAACUGGCCAGGAAGAUGGUGGUUGAGAAGUUCAAGGAGGAGGAAGCAGAGAAAAACGCGCUUACCCCUGCCAGCAGCCGGGCCAGCGGAGUCGGCUAUGUUGGCGGCCAGGAGGAUGUGUCUGUAUCGGCGUGA